GUGAAAGUGCAUUUUUUUGUCACUGGAUGUCUCAAUUUUUAUUUUAUUUAUGAAUAGUUAGUCUUAUGGGUUAACCACCCUUUCGGACCUAACAAUAUUGUGUUGUUAGCAACGAUCGACGACUGGGGUCAUCGCCGUUAUGUCUUGCUAUUGUAGUCAAGAUUUGAUAUUAUUAUACGUCAAUAAUGUCAUAACUGUCACACCUAUCUAUCUCGCAUAGUAAAUUGUAUUUAUAAAAACAAAGACAAUUAUAUUGUGUCAUUUUUAUAAUCAACUAAUUCACAUACACUUGCCAUGAGGUAUAAAUGCAACGUGCUCACAUUCAGGAUAGUAAAAAUGUGCCGAAAGGCAAUAAAUUUGGCUUUGGGCCUAAUAUGUGUUACGUUAAUUGUAACUUACCUAGAGCAUUACCAAUGAACCACCAAGAAAUAAAAAAAUUAAUCAAAGAUGGCAAUAUUGAGAAGCUAGAAGAAAAACUACUGAAUGGAGAAGGAUAUAAACUCAUCGGGCUCUAUUCAACAAACCCAAAAGUUAAAAUAUUUCUACAGUCUGUCCCAAUAUACAUGGCACGUAUUGAUAUGUUACAAGAAAGUGGUUGUAAAGGAAAUCUAAGAGAUAUGCAAGUAUUGUUAAAUAAUGAAAACUCGUUCAAGAAUUCUUAUAAAAUAUCUUCUACGAAAUUAGCAUGUAGCAAAGAUUUAAAUGGAGUUAGUGUAUUACAUAAAGCCGUUUAUUAUGAUUUUCCUGACAUUGUCGAAUGGCUUGUGAAAGAUUAUCCACAAACUGUUCACGUGAAAGAUAAAACUAAUAGAAUUCCUUUGCAUUACAUAUGCUCAUGUUCUGAAGUACAUCGCAUCUGGGAUUUAAUGUUAGAAGCAGGCGCAGAUCCUAAUUCUUUGGAUAUAAAUAAUAAAACUCCUCUUUACUAUUUAGAAUGUAAAGAAAGCAUCAAUUGGUCUAACACUUCGAAAACCGGAUGUUCAGAUAAUGAAACUCCUAUAAAACCGUCAAACAUUAGAAUUUGGAUUCAUGAACGUAACAUACAACAACUUUCAAGAGUAAUAUGGAGUGGUUUCGGUGAUAAAUUAUUAACAGAAACAAGCCAACAAUCUGCGGUUAAUAAAUUCUUAAAAGCUGUUCCUUAUAUUUUGGGCAUCAUCAAAGAAACUCAUAAGGCUGUGAUCGACAAUGAUAUAGUUUUAUUGAAAAAAUUGAGCCGUGAUCCGGUUCCAAAAGAAUUAUUAGCAAGUAAAGAUAAAAAUGGUUUAACACCAUUACAUAAGGCUAUUGCAUUGGGUCGAAUUGACAUAGUUGAAUAUAUUUUAUACAAACACUCAAAAGCUGUUAAUAUAAAAGAUAAUGAAGGUCGUACUCCCUUACAUUAUGUCUACUGUGCUCCACCUAAAGACUUUAUAGUGUUAUACAAUAGACUUUUAAAGGCAGGAGCUAAUGAAAAUUUAAUUGAUAAGCAAGGAAACAUUCCAAAGAAUUACAGUUCAAAGACAAACCAUAUUCCAGACAAUAUAUUUUCUAUACUACCUAAAGCUCCUAGAAUAUCUUCUGAAUUUCCGGCAUCUUGGGACUGGAGUGUUUUAUACAAUAUUAAUCAAAGAGAAAAACGAAAACAGACGAAAUUUGAAAUUCGAUCUACUAGCGAUAUAAGCAAAUCAAAUUUAAAUGAAUUUAGCAAUUUCAAAAGCAGAAAAACUAACAUUUUAGAUAUUCACGAUGAUAGUAAUAACAUUUUAUCAACGCUAAUACAAAUGAAGUCGGAAAUUAAUAACGAAGUUAACGAUUCAGUUGUAAAGCCAAAAAAUUUUAAAUUAAAAGCUUCUGAACAGUAUGAAAUUUGUAGUUCAUUGGACGAUAAUUUGUCAAAUGAUGGUCUAAUUAAUAAAUCUGAUGAUCAGAAAGACACAAACAAUAAUGUUAAUGCUAAUGCUAAUGUAGUUCACAAUGAUAUGUUUGACGCUUCUGAAAAUAAAAUUUCGGAAAGGAACUCUUCAGCUAAGGUUUUAGUAAAAAAUGGUAGUUUAAACAAAAUUGCAGACUACAUACUUGAUGGAAAAUAUGUAAAGUUAUUGGGCAUACAAUCAGAUGAUUCAACGAUUCAAGAAUUUUUAAAUAAAGUACCAUUUUAUGCUAACAAAAUAGAACAAAUUCAUCGAUGUUGUGCUAUUGGUGAUAUGAAAACGUUGUCAGAAAUAUUAGAUAGGAGAAAGUUUUGUUUGGCACGGGAAUCGAAAACUGGAUUAGGUCUAACGCCUCUACAUGUUGCGGCUAUUUAUGAACAAUUGAAUAUAUUUGGUUAUCUAGCAGCUAGAUUUCCUGAAACUUUGAAGUCGACUGAUUUCAAAGGACGUACACCAAUGGACUAUAUAAAUUUAUUGCCAGAUAAAACACUAUUUAAUGCUCUUAUACAUUCUGAUAAUAAUUUAAAGUCCUAUCUAACUGGACAUCAUGCAUUACAAAGUCUUGGAGACGGCGUCGAUGUAUUUGAACCAGAGAAAAUUCGUAAGGAUUUGGGAUUUGUUGCUGUUAAUAUCAAAGACGAUAAUUGUAAUUUUGAUAUGGAUAGAUUGCCAAAUAAUUCAGGUAAAAUACUCUCGUCAGUUAUGAGUGCCAAUCGGUAUUCAAAUGAAGACAGAAAGUAUUUAACAAAUGCUAUCGGUAAACCACUGUCUUCUGGUUUAAAGGAACUGGUUAAACGUCGGCCGUCUAACCCAACUCUUCAUUUAGCGGAUUAUUUGUCAAAUUAUUCUGAUGAUCAACAGUUAGACAAAGAUAGUGGAGUUGUUAGAAAAGAAACACAACUAUUAUCAAAAAAUCUUGUGGAUAGUAAAAACGAAAGUAAACAAGACACCAAGCCAUGGGAGUAUUUCAACAAAUAUUACAUUUCAUUCAAAUCUAUUAGUCGAGAUGAAUUUGGGAUGAACAUGUUACAUUAUGCAGCUUCAAGAGUACAUAAUCGAAAUGCAUUUUUUCAGUUGUUGCAGGAUCUUGAUACAAAUAUUGGCGUACGAGAUGAGUUAUAUAGGACUCCUAGGGAUAUUGCAAUCAACUCCAAUCUCAGAGAAAACGUUCAAAUAAUUGAUAAAUACGUGGUUCAUAUAAUAGCAAGAGGGGAACAUAAUAAAAUUAUUGGCUUAUUACUUGAAGGUUACGGCCACAUAUUAGAUUUAGAAACUGAUAAGGAUAUUAUGUCUCUUGCGACAGAUCGAGGACACUCAAGUAUGCUAAUUAUUCUACAGUACAUACCAACAUUUGAAGAUCGAAGGGAAAGACUCCAUAGAGCAAUUCGUUUAGGAUCUCAAAGUCAAGUAGAUGAAAUGUUAAAAACUCAGGAUGAACAAUGUGUCAUGUUGUCAGUUGCGAAAAAUCAAUAUGGACGUUGUAGUAUGCAUUUAGCAGUUCUAAGUCAGAAUGAAGAAAUUGUAAGACUAUUAGGAGAAAAUUUUCCAACUGUAUUAAAUGUUCCUGAUAAUAUGGAGCGUACAGCUCUUCACUACGCUAUGGCUAUUGAUAAAGUGGAAACGAUGAGUAAUAUUUUAAUAAGGUUUGGAGCUAAUAGAACAGCUAAAGACUUGAAAGGCAGACAACCCAGUUAUUAUUUUAUAAACAAAUUUGAAAUCAAGAUAUUACAGAAGGAAGAAGAUGAACUACGUGUAUGAACAUUUACAAAACAUCGUUGAUUGUUGAACCACGUUUUAAGCAUUUCAUAUUUUAAAUCUAGACUUUUUUUAUUAAAAUGAAACUAAUCAUAAUAAUGUAUAAAUUAUUUUAUUUAUUUUUGAAAUAUUAUACUUUGUGUGUUGAAGAUAUGAAAUACAAAGUGGAAAAGAUCUAACUGACAACUCGUCUAACUUAUGAUCUACAUAAUAUUUUAUACCUUUUUUUAAAAUAAAUUUUUACAUUAUAGGACUAUAUUUAAAAUAUGUUUUGUGUUAUUUUUCACAAUAACAAAAAAUAAUUUUUUUGAUGUAAUUUUUUUCAAGAUUUGAAGAUAUCCAUUUUAUAGAUAAGUUUUAAAGAAAAAUGUUGAUACCAAAAACUAUUAUUUUAAUUUAGUUGUUACGUUUCUACAGUAUUUUGAAGUUUGUUGAAUUUUGAAUUUUUUUACUAUUUUUCUAAGGUAUCAAAUUUUAGGUAAUAUUCUGUUGUGUAAUGCGACUACUAGUCGACCACUCUUUAACAUUCCGAGUUAAAUCGUCUUUGCUGGUUCCUUUAUGUAAAAUAAGUAAAGUUAAUAAGUUAAAUUUUAAAACUAAUAACGAAAAUUCAAAUAUAAUUUUAUGGACUGUAUGACUAUUUUGGGUCAUAUUUAUAUUUUUCUAAUAUAAAUAACACAUAAUCUACUUAUAAAUAAUGUUAGUAUGUUUUAACUGUAUCGUAAGAAUCGAUUAAUGAUCAUAAUCCUAAUGAAUACAAUAUUUACAAUUAUAAUAUCACGGUGGUUCUAUGGACAUUGUACUAAUGGCAGGUUGCAACCCGUCAAACAUCAACUUGACCAAAUAUUAAAGACACUUUCUGUACAAUUACACAGAAUGAAUUACACACUUCAGCCAAAUCAACUGUGUUCCGAUAUCAUUUUAAAUAAUAAGGACAAAGACUUUUUAGACAAAUAUAAGUUGCACAAAAUAACGUUUUAAGAUACACUAUAUAAACAAAUGCUAAGCAUGUAAGUAAAACUAACAGAGACAUCUUUAUCAACUGUGACACGCUUGGCAAGACGCCACAUAACACAGAAACAGUGUCCGUAAUUUGACUGCAGUUACGCACAUCUGGAGCAUAACUUAUGCUCCAUAACUUUUAUAGAGUUAUCUUAACUCAAAUAGGAGACCACACACACACACACUACCCCAACAGUAAAACCGGUUAGGGCAGGUAGCGCUCAUGACGUGGUAAACUAUCCGACUCCCGUCGCACCAACCUGCUUAGAUCACAACCGCAAACAUCUGUAGAGAAGAAGAAAAAUUGUAUCAAACAUAUUUAAUUAUACAUAUCAUGUUUUAGAUAACGUUUUUACAUUUUUUUUUUUAAUAAACUUAAUUUCAGUACUACAUGCUUUUCAUGUCAAUUACAGGUGCUUAUUCAAGUGUUGAUAUUUUCAUGGAAAAAAAUUCGCGUAAUGUCGCCAGUAUAUUACGUAAUAAUAUAGUGUUUUCUUCUGUCCUCUACAAAAUAUGACCUAACAUUUGGUACUGUAAAAAAAUCGUAAAAAAAAAAUCAAAAUUUAACGAAAUUCAAAAUGCUAUCGAAACGUAACGACUGAGUUAAAAUAAGAAUUUUCAACAUUUUUCUUUAAAAAUUAUUAAAAUGUUAAUAAAAAAAUUUUUCUUGUA